CUACAGAGGAGAGAAAGAAAGACAAGGAUUUCAUUUUCUGAAAUUUUUCUGUGAAGAAAGAGAUUCAUUAAUUAACUUGGAGAAUUCAUGGAGACACCAGCACUUAUGAAGCUUGCUAAUGGUAUGUCAGUACCAAUUGUUCAGGAAUUAGCUAAACUCACGGUUGGAGAAAUACCAUCUCGAUACAUAUGCACCGACGGAAACCUCUUGACUAUGGGUGCAUCUGUAAUAGAUUAUGAAACAGUUCCUGUCAUCGACUUGCAAAAUUUACAAUCUCGAGAACCCGUAAUUGAAAAGUUAGAAUUGGACAGGCUUCAUUCUGCUUGCAAAGAAUGGGGUUUCUUUCAGUUGUUAAACCAUGGAGUGGACGCAUCAUUGAUGGAUAAUGUAAGAUCAGAAAUUCGAGGUUUCUUUAACCUUCCAAUUAUUGAUAAAAUGAAAUAUGGACAGAAAGAUGGAGAUGAAGAAGGAUUUGGACAACACUUUAUUGUAUCAGAAGACCAAAAACUUGAUUGGGUUGACGCCUUUAUGAUGUUCACUCUUCCUCUCCAUUCAAGAAACCCUCGUUUAACACCUGAAUUCCCUCAGCCUCUCAGGGAAACAGUGGAAUCCUACUCAUCAGAGAUGAAAAAACUAUCCGUGUUACUCUUUGAGCUGAUGGAAAAAGCUCUACAAGUUAAGGGUAUAACUGAGAUGUUUGAGGAUGGGUUGCAAUCGAUUAGGAUGAACUAUUAUCCUCCUUGUCCUCGACCAGAGCUUGCAAUUGGUCUUACGUCACACUCAGAUUUCGACGGUUUGACAAUCCUCCUACAACUCAAUGAAGUUGAAGGAUUACAAAUAAAAAAAGAAGAGAGAUGGAUUUCAAUCAAACCUCUACCUAAUGCGUUCAUAGUGAAUGUUGGAGACGUUUUGGAGGUAAUGACUAAUGGAAUUUACCGUAGUGUCGAUCACCGGGCAGUAGUAAACUCAACCAAGGAGAGGCUCUCAAUCGCAACAUUUCAUGACCCUGAACUAGAGUCGGAAAUAGGACCAAUAGCGAGCUUGAUCACACCAGAGACACCUGCUUUGUUCAAAAGAGGUAGGUUUAAGGAUCUUUUGAAGGAAAAUCUUUCAACCAAGCUUGAUGGAAAAUCAUUUCUCGACUGCAUUAGGAUGUGAGAAAUACUACGUACAUGAUUGUAAACACAAACGUAUGAUGAAAUAAGUUGCUUUUGCAGAAUUCAUAAUUUGUUUAAUUUUUAUGGAUAGCGAGAAUGUAUUCUCUUUCUGUCUCUAUACGUUCAGAAUUUAUUACAAAUUAAAAAAAUAAGGGAAAAAUAUCGUUU